AUGGUUACAAUCACAAUAAGAUCAAGAGUCGACAUGAACUUUGAACUGCAAAUUGAAGCCUACGUGUUGAAAAAUAUUACGUCAUGUCUGCCUGAAAGGAAAUUAGAGCCAUUUGAUUGGAUAGAAAUAAAUGGUUUAUAUUUGGCAGAUCCGGAGUUCAACAUUCCGAACAAAAUUGAUAUGUUGUUUGGAGCCAAUGUGUACAGCCACAUACUAAAAGAAGGCAUGAAGAGGGAGUCCAAAAGGAAACUUUUAUUGCUCAAAAGUACGAAGCUCGGAUGGAUAAUAUCAGGCACUGUCAAUGAGAGGUCAAGCGAAGAUAAAGAAAAUUCGAACGUUAUUUCAGUAUUGCAUACUAGAGCAGAAGAAGACAUUUUAAAGAAAUUUUGGGAAUUAGAGGAACAAUUACCAAGAUCAACAUGGUCAGAAGAAGAACAAGCCUGUGAAGAGAUUUUCAAAAGGACAACAAAUAGAACACCGGAAGGGCGAUAUAUUGUAAAUUUACCCUUCCGAGAAGAUUUUGCCCAAUGUCAAAACAAUGGAUCAUUGGAGAUAGCAAUAGCUAAGUUCAAAUCAUUGGAAAAAAGACUCUCGAAAGACUUGGAACUCAAGGCCAGUUAUAAGGAAGUGAUUAACGAAUAUUUACAACUAGGGCACAUGCGAACAGUUGAAGAAAAGGACGAAAAGGCACACGAAGCAGUAUAUUUACCCCAUCAUGCUGUUGUACGAAUGGAUAAAUCAACCUCAAAGGUUCGAGUAGUAUUUAAUGCUUCCAGCAAGAAUAAGCGAGGGGUUUCAUUAAACGAUUGUUUAAUGGUAGGUCCUAAAUUGCAGCCAGAUUUAAGACAUUUAGUUUUUCGAUGGAGAAUCUAUCCAAUUGUUAUGGUGGCGGACAUUGUCAAAAUGUAUCGUCAAGUUCGGAUAGCAGAACAAGAUGCUAAAUUUCAACGCAUUGUGUGGCGCGAUAAUCCUGAAGAUAAAAUUAAGGAAUUUGAAUUAAUGACAGUCACAUUUGGUACCGCUUCAGCACCUUACUUAGCGGUUAGGGCAUUACAACAAUUAAGUGAUGAUGAAGCAAAGGAUUACCCAAUAGCCGCACCACAAGUAAAAGAAUCAUUCUACAUGGAUGACUUAAUGACUGGAUGUUUUGACACUAAGGAAGGAGCCUCACUUUAUAAAGAGAUGAACGAUUUACUUUUAAGAGGUGGAUUUCAGCUACAAAAAUGGAACAGUAACAAUGAAGAAUUAUUGUCAUACUUCCUAACACAAAGUAAUAAACAAGAGUUAUAUGGGCAGAAAGACAAUAUAGAAAAGAACACAGAAAAGUUCAGUAAAGAAAUUAAAAUAGACGACAUUACGAAAAUAUUAGGUCUUACAUGGGACCGUUGCGAAGAUAAUUUUAGAUAUUCUGUGAAUUUACCCAAGAAGAGUGAACCAGAAACAAAAGGUCAAUUAUGUCUACAAUCGCCCGGUUAUAUGACCCACUGGGAUGGAUUGCACCGAGUGUGA